AGCAAUGCGAAAGUGUCACAGUGACCAGUUACUGUCCAGUUCAUUGAACUUCAUUCGCUCAUAGUUUUUUCAUUUGAAUAAUAAAGUUUGAUAAUAAAACAACGGCUUUAUAGCACAUAUAUUUUAUCGUGAGUCAUGGGAACUGCUGCAGAAAACAUUCCUCAACUUCCAAAAGUUGUUGAGAAAGAUGGGUUUAUCAUCAGAAAUGGUAGACCUGAUGAUUGUGCUGCAAUUGUAAGGUAUAUAAAGGAUUUAGCUGUUUAUGAAAAAGAACCAGAAUCUGUUGUUGAAGUUACUGAAGAAGUGCUGAGGAAAGAUGGUUUCGGAGAUUCACCUACGUUUAGAUGUCUUGUAGCUGAAAAACAAAAUGAAGGACAAAGAAUAAUUGUAGGAUAUGCUAUAUAUGUCAAUUCAUAUUCGACUUGGAAAGGAAGAUCGCUUUGGAUUGAAGAUCUCUUUGUUAGACCCGAUUCACGAGGUCAAGGAAUUGGGCUAGAAUUUUUAAAAUGCCUCUCGAAGAUUUCACUCGAUAAUGGGCUGGCAAAGAUUCGUUGUAACGUUUUAUGCUGGAAUGAUAUCGCAAUUUCAUUUUAUAAGAAAAUCGGCGGAAUUGUAGAAGACGAGUGGAGGCAAUGCACGUUUACUCAUGAAGUUAUGAAACAAUUGGUGAAAUCACAACCUUAAUGUAUGAGAAAAUCAUUAUAUAGCAGACCAUGUUUCAAUAUUAACACAUAUUUGAUACGUUGAUAAUUAACUUGAAUAUGCAGUAAUUAAUUGAAUAUGCAGUAUUUGAAAUUAUCUCGACGCUAAAGUUGAGAGCGAGAGGCACAGGAGAGCGAGAAACAUGACGUAGAGUGUGCAGUCACUUACAAUUAACGAGUGCCCAAUGAGCCACUCGCAGGUAAUGGAUAAAAUAGCUUUGCACGAGUGAUAUACGAUUGAAUAUUUGUACACACUCGCAGAUUUACGUUUAGAAUUUGAGGUAUUGCAAAUUUUUAGAACUGGCAUUAUAAACAUGCAGUUGUUAUAACUGCACUGACUAGUCACCGAUAUUAACGAUUUAAUGCGAUAAACCAUAUGGUAUAUAGGUUGCUGUUGUUUUGAUGUCAAAACUCUAAAUAUAUAAAGUCAUAACCCCUCCCAAACUAUAAGUUAUAAUAUAUAAAAACUUACCUUCACUAACUUCGCCAUCUAGCAAAAAAGCAUUGGUUUGAGCUGGUAAAAACAAAUCGAUAAAUGAUCGAGCAGCUGCAGUUAAUUAUUGCAGCCCAAAGUUAGCAAGUAGUCUUUCAUUAUUUAUCCGAUAUCCCAAUGUCAAUAACUUUAAACGAGCUUAUAUACCAAGUGGAAACCAAAGUAUUUACUAAAUCGCAAUGAAUAUAGAGCCAGAGAAAAUAUAUAGUUUGGCCGUUGCAUCAAAACACUAGAGACCUUAAGCAUGUAGGACGGCAACACGACGACGACGUGGUUGGAAUACUCCUUUGAAUAAAUGUUAUGGUGAAGCGUUGUUGUAUAUUUUCAACUGUGACAAUUUAAUGAGAUAUAAGACGUUCCAGGUAGCGCUCACUGGGUCCUGAAAUGCAGACGUUCUACAGGGUGUAUCAAAAAACUGCAAAUACCAUAAUUUGUGUGCACUUUAGAAUUUUAAUUCUAAAUAACUGAGCAACUGAGCGAAUAACUGUGCAACUAAUUACGCUUCUGAGAUUUGAAAAUACGUUUGCUCUGUUGUUAGCUGAGCCAUUCGUAAUCGACCUAAUUUCAAUUCACUCUGUAUAACUUUAACUUUAACUUUAAUAAAUAUGCCUCUUUGAGCAUCUCUAUGUUGUUACAAAGUUCAAAAACAAUUCGGUAUAAAAAUUACUUACAAAAACCUCUAUAAAAACAUAUCUAUAAGUUUAUAUAUACAAAUAGACUAGCUCAUAUUUAAAAACCUAAAUUCUAUUAAAAACUUCAUCUGAUAAGUCCCAAUAACCAUUAGUGCUGUCUCUGCCAAGAUUAGUCAAUUUAUGAUAUUCUAAUUUUGCCUUAAAAUCAUCAACCGAAGUUGCUUCUUUUACCUCACAUGGCAACAUAUUCCAGUACUUAACUACUCUCUGCUUGAAUAAGUCCACACUAUUACCAAGCUUAUAACUUGAUGUAUGUACAAGAUUUCUUCCUGAUCUCGAGAAACGGAAAAAACCAUCUCCAUAAUUCACUGUUCCUUUUAUAAUUUUAAAAGUUUCGAUCAAAUCACUACGAGCACGGCGUUCUAAUGAAUGCUUGUUGCUUGUUUUGAUAACCCUGGGAAACGUAUUUUCAAAUCUCAGAAGCGUAAUUAGUUGCACAG